GGAGAAUCCCGAUUUUCUCUCAACAAACGGCCUAAGUACAUGGAUACAAGAAGAGACUUGGACAUUCUUAAAGAUCUGAUUCUUUUGAGUUUUCAAGAGCUAACAGAUGAAGAGAAUCUAGAACCAGCCAGUGCAUCUGAAGAUGAUUCCUUUGCUAACGUGGAGAAAAGGGAACGAUAUAUGGGGAUUUGUAUGAGGAAACAGUUUAAUAAUUUUAUCCCUUUUCCGUGUCUACGUAGCGGGUAG